GUUUGUGUGUGUAUUUCAAAGAGUCAUUUGGUGGUGAGGUGUAGUUGUAAGAAAUGGCUCAAACCACCCCCAAUCACAAGCUCACGGUCUCCGGGUGGGCGGCUCAUGAUGCCACCGGCGUAAUCACUCCUUACGUCUUCAAAAGAAGAGUGAACGGAGACAACGAUGUUACGAUCAAAAUCUUGUAUUGCGGGAUCUGUCACACCGAUAUUCAUCACAUCAAAAACGACUGGGGUAACACCAUGUACCCUGUUGUUCCUGGGCAUGAAAUAACGGGAGUGAUAACUGAAGUCGGGAUCAACGUCAAAGGUUUCAAGAUAGGCGAUAAAGUUGGGGUCGGGUGUCUGGCUGCAUCAUGCUUGAAAUGUGAAUUCUGCAGAAACUCGGAAGAGAACUACUGUGACAAAAUUCAGUUCACCUAUAACGGCAUCUUUUGGGAUGGCAGUAUCACCUACGGUGGUUAUUCCGAGAUGUUGGUCGCUGAUCACCGGUACGUAUUGCAUAUACCGGAAAACUUGCCGAUGGACGCGACGGCACCAUUGCUAUGUGCAGGGAUCACAGUGUACUCACCAAUGAUCGACAACAAUUUGCACCGGAUGAUCGAAAGGCGAGUUGGGAUUGUUGGGUUGGGAGGGCUUGGUCACGUUGCCAUCAAAUUCGCAAAGGCUUUCGGUCACCGUGUUACAGUGAUAAGCACCUCCCCUUCAAAAGAGGUCGAGGCUCGAAAGCUUUUAGGUGCCGAUGAUUUCAUCAUCAGCACCGACCCUAAACAAAUGCAGUCAAAUACGAGGACAUUGGACUUCAUAUUGGACACGGUGGCUGCACCACACUCGCUUGGCCCAAUAUUGGAGCUACUCAAAGUGAAUGGAACAUUGGUCCUUGUGGGUGCACCCGAUAAGCCUCUCGAAUUGCCUUCUUUCCCUUUGAUCUUUGGAAAAAGGGCGGUGAAAGGUAGCAUGACCGGAGGAAUUAAAGAAACACAAGAAAUGUUGAACUUUUGUGGGGAGAACAACAUCACAUGUGAUAUAGAGACGGUUACUUCUGAUAAAAUUAACGAAGCCUUAACCCGACUGGCCAAGAACGAUGUCAAGUACCGUUUCGUCAUCGACAUUGCUGGCAAAAACUCGAGCCUUUAAUCCAAUGUUUUAGAUCAAAUCGUUAUGUAUUCGUGUCCGUCAUAUUGUAUUUUAUUUAAUUUUUUAAAGACGGUUUUCCAGAUUUCUAUAAUAAAUUGAACAAUAUGUUUUU